AUGGGGACGGCGGCGGACGGCUGCAUGGCGCGGGCUGUGAUAGGGACGGCCGGGGAUGGGGAGUUGGAGACGGCCGGCGGCGGUGGCGGGAAUGGGGAUGGCGGCACGGCGCGGGCGGGGAUGGAGACGGCCGGGGAUGGGGAGUUGGAGACGGCCGGCGGCGGUGGCGGGAAUGGGGACGGCGGCACGGCGCGGGCGGGGAUGGAGACGGCCGGGGAUGGGGAGUUGGAGACGGCCGGCAGCGGUGGCGGGAAUGGGGUCGGCGGCACGGCGCGGGCGGGGAUGGAGACGUCCGGGGAUGGGGACGGCCGGCGGCGGGGGGAUGGGGACGGCGCUGGCAGGGAUCGGGGCGGGCGGCGGCAGCAGGGAUGGGGACGGUGGCGGCGGGGAUGGGCACGGCAUAGCAAUUACCAGAUCAAGAUUCCAAUUGUAGAUACUGUGUCCAGAAAAUAG